GUAUCGUACGACUUUCAGUCAGUCAUCGGUCGAGGUUGCUCCAGUGCGCACGCGUUUUUUUUCUGUUCACAACUCCAACUUAAACUCUCGGAAGUGGCUUAAGCCGUGGAUUAAACCGGUCGUCCUUAGUGCGUGCUUGUGCGGUUCAAAAUUUUCUCCAAAUUAGUUCAACUGUUCGGCGGGCGACAACUGUGUAGCAGAAUGGCUGAACCAAAAGCUGACAUUGCACUUAUCGGCCUGGCCGUCAUGGGGCAGAACCUGAUCCUCAACAUGGACUCCCACGGUUUCGUCGUGUGCGCCUACAACAGAACUGUAGACAAGGUCAAACACUUCCUGGAUAACGAAGCCAAGGGCACGAAAAUCAUCGGCGCCAACUCCCUGCAGGACAUGGUCAACAAGCUGAAGAAACCACGCAAGAUUAUGAUGCUGGUAAAAGCCGGCAGCGCCGUGGACGACUUUAUCGCCCAGCUGCUUCCGUUGAUCGAGAAGGGCGACGUCAUCAUCGACGGGGGCAACUCGGAGCACCAGGAUUCGGCCCGCCGCUACGAGGAACUCAAGGCCAAGGGCAUCCUGUACGUGGGUUCCGGCGUGAGCGGGGGUGAGGAGGGCGCCCGCUAUGGCCCGUCGCUGAUGCCCGGUGGUCAUCCGGACGCGUGGCCGCUGAUCAAGGACAUCUUUCAGUCUAUUUGCGCCAAAUCCAACGGUGAUCCUUGCUGCGAAUGGGUUGGCGAGGGCGGUGCCGGUCACUUUGUCAAGAUGGUGCACAACGGAAUCGAGUACGGAGAUAUGCAGCUGAUCUGCGAGGCGUACCACCUGAUGUUGGCGCUCGGCAUGACCCAGAAGGAGAUGGCUCAGGAGUUUGACGAGUGGAACAAGGGCGUGCUGGACUCGUUCCUGAUCGAGAUCACUCGGGACAUCCUGAACUACAAGGACGACGAGGGGUAUUUGCUGGAGCGUAUUCGGGACACGGCUGGCCAGAAGGGAACCGGCAAGUGGACGGCGAUCGCUGCCCUGCACCACGGAGUUCCGGUCACGCUGAUUGGCGAGGCCGUUUUCUCGCGCUGUCUGUCCGCCCUCAAGGAGGAACGUGCCAAGGCUAGCAAGCAACUCGCCGGCCCGUCCACCAAGCCCACCGUUGCCGACCGUAAGGCGUUCCUCACGCACAUCCGCAACGCUCUGUAUUGCGCAAAGAUCGUCUCGUACGCUCAGGGCUUCAUGCUGCUUCGCGAGGCCGCCAACGAGUACAAGUGGAACCUGAACUACGGAGGAAUCGCGCUGAUGUGGCGCGGAGGUUGCAUCAUCCGCAGUGUCUUCCUCGGAAACAUCCGGGACGCGUUCGUGCGCAACCCGGCGCUGUCCAACCUGCUGCUGGACAACUUCUUCAAGGACGCCAUCGUGAAGAACCAGCAGUCGUGGCGUGAGGUCGUUAGUCAGGCCGUCCUGUGGGGCGUCCCAGUGCCGGCCAUGUCCGCCGCGCUGGCCUUCUUCGAUGGCUAUCGCUCGGAGCGGCUGCCCGCGAAUCUGCUGCAGGCCCAGCGGGACUACUUUGGGGCGCACACGUACGAGCUGCUCGGCAAGGAGGGCAAGUUUGUGCACACCAACUGGACCGGCAAGGGUGGCAACGUUUCCGCUAGUACUUAUCUGGCCUAAUGCGACGAGGACGACGCCGCUGGUUGAUUCCACUACAUUCCGUUGAACAGAGGACACCUUCUCCAUGAAUCGUUAUUUAUUGUUGCUCAUUCGGUUAGAUUUCGAAAUUGUUUUCUUUUUUGUAAUAAAAGUGGUUGUUUAGGA